AUGGGCUUCAAAUUGAAAGCUCUAGUUGUAGUCUCGUCGGGACUCGUUUUGGGUGUGUGUACGUAUGCUGCAUACCGAACAUGGAAGAAGCGACAGAACAGUGCUGAUGACGAAGGUUUCGAAGACGUUUCGAAGUUAGAAGAAUCGUUGGAAAAGAAAGUAUUGGUAUUGGGUUUGGAAGGAUCUGGUAAGUCAACAUUGGUCUCACAAAUUGUUAAGGAAGUCGGACAAAAAAGUAUCGCAUCAAAUACUUUGUACAAACCAACUGAAGGAUUUAAUGUUACGUCUUUAUCCGAUGGAGGUUCUCCUACAGUUAAUAUAUGGGAAAUUGGUGGCAAAGAAAGUGUACGAAGAUAUUGGCCAAAGUUUUUCCAGGAUACAGAUAUCUUAGUGUUUGUUGUUGAUGCCAGCAAUAAUUCAAAUCAAUCAGUUGUUGUGAGCGAGAUCAAAUCAUUACUUGGCGAUGCCCGUUUGGCAUCUGUUCCCAUUUUAGUCCUCGCCAAUAAACAAGAUAUGGUUGGAGCACUUAACGCAGAACAGAUCUCAAAUGUCCUUGAUUUGAAAAGCAUUCCAUCUAGAUCACAUCAAGUAAAAGUGUUAGAAACUCAAACAAGACCAGAAACAAAUGAAAUUCAUCAAACAGUAUUAGAAGUCCGGAAAGUGCUCUUAAAAUUAAGUUCCCAUAUGUAA